AAGACUGGUCUAGGUUAUUAAUUUUAUAUAUUAGCCGAAAAAGGAAGGGCCCAAGCAAAAUCAAAAACUUCUCUCCAAAGUCUCGAUGAAAAAGCUUUGUCAGAUCAACAACAUCAAAGCCAAGUAAAAGAUCUUCCAGUGUGAGAAGUGGGGGAAGUUCAAGUUAAAUGGAUCGAGGAAAGAAGCUGACUAACUUCUAUGGUAACAAAAACAGCAAGAUUUACAUGGAUCUAAAAGACAUAGUAAGGGAGAAUGCACUUCGUUACCUUCCUGCUAAAUCACUUUUCCGGUGUUUUGGAGUUUGUCGGGAUUGGAAGCAUCUAAUAUCAACACCUUUCUUUGCGCACAAUCAAUCAAAUUCUUUCCAGUCUGUCUCGGGUUUCUUUUACCAAUCACAAGCAGGCGUGCCGUCAUUCAUGUCUCUUGACCCUGUGGCUUAUGGUGUUCCAGACCCAUCUUUAAAGUUUCUGCCCGAACCUGUUGAUAUUAGGUCCUCUUGUAAAGGGCUGCUUUGUUGCCAGGGGCGUACUGGUUACAAGGCUUACUACGUCUGCAAUCCUGUUACCAAGCAGUGGGAGAAACUUCCAAAACCAGAUGCUGAUCAUGGGUCUGACCCUGCCGUGGUGCUCGUAUUUGAGCCAUCAUUGCUGAACUUCACUGCUGAUUAUAAGUUGGUUUGUGCUUUUCCAUCCGAACUUGAUGGAUAUGAGUUUGAGAUAUAUUCCUCUGAGAAAAGAUCAUGGAUAAUUUCUCGUGAGAUUUGUUUUUCUGAGAGGAAGCUCAUGCCUAAGUCAGGUAUUCAUGUGAAUGGCACUGUUUAUUGGCAGAUGAUGGGCUUUGGAAUUACCGCAUUCGAUCUCAUUUCAGAACGGUUUCAGCUCCUCGAUAGUGCAGUUGGGACCUUAGGAAUGAGGAAUGGGAAGCUUUGUUCGGCAUACGUACAUGCUCAAAACUUGGUCGUGAAUAUGCUAUCUAAUACUCACUCCAAUACCAUGCAAAUGAACAGCCAUGCCAAGAUGUGGGAAGAAAUGCAACCCAAGAUUCAUGUUGAUAUUUCAUUACCCGCAUCAUCUAAUAAUAAUGCUUCGGGUAGGUAUGGAUAUGGGCAUGGAGGAGUAGUGUUUAUUGGUGGGGAUGUAGUGUUGCUUAGUAACGGGAACAAGUUUUAUUCUUAUGACAUGAAGAAGAGGGCCUCUAAAGAUUUGGGUGAACUUGAUAUUGAUACCAAGGCAGGAAUUGUUGGGUAUGUGAAUAGCCUUGUUGAGCUCUAAGACCAGGCGCUGCUGUCUGUAUGGACCGGCCUUGACAAGAACACCCUACACAAUCUCCCUCUUUUAUUCUCAUUAUCAGGCAAAAUAUUUCGUUAGUCCAUCCGACAUUUGUAAAUAUGUUUUUAUUGUUUCUUUUAUUUUAUUUUGUUAUUAAAUCUUUUUUGGUCCUUUUGUAGUAAGGAUCUAUGAUACAAAGUUGGUUUAAUAGUUAACUAUUGGGAUUUUUUUUCGUGUUUUAGAAAGGUAAAGUUUGUAAUGUGAGAACUAUGAGGUGUCAUAGUUGUUCACUUAUUUUCUAAUAAUGUGAUUGGGAGUUCGAUCUUCA